AUGGACGACGACUCGGAAGAAGAGUACUAUUUCACCUACAUGUUGCCUGAGGGCGGGGUGGACAACACGAGCGCAGUGCGGGGCAAACACGGCGGGUCCACCAAAGGCAGGAGAGCAAAUAAAGAGCGGGAUCGAGAAAUGUGGGGUGAACGCCUAAUGAGUGACUACUUUAACGACAACCCAGUCUACGAUGAUGAUGACUUCCGCAGGCGAUUUCGUAUGCGUCGUAACCUCUUUGAGCUCAUUACCAUUGCCCUGGUUGAGGAUGAAGAAUGCAGCUACUUCGUCCAGCGUAGUGACGCAACUGGACGUGCUGGUUUCCUACCAGAACAGAAGGUGACGUGUGCUUUACGGAUGUUGGCAUAUGGAGCAUCAGCAGAUCAAUUAGAUGAGUUGAUUCGUAUGGCUGAGUCCACAGUGUUGGAGACCUUAAAGCUGUUCUGCAAAAAUAUUAUCCGAUUAUUUGGUCCAGAGUAUCUUCGAAAGCCGACCAAGGAUGACUUGAAAAUACUUCUUGCCGAGAAUGCUGAGCGCGGAUUUCCGGUAUCAGUGCGCCCCAAGGCAACAAGCGUAGAUGUUACGCUGCCCAGCAGGAAGCCGCUCGCAAAGACGUUGAACGCACAUUUGGAGUAUUACAACAACGCUUUCGAAUUCUUGCCCUGCCCUGUAAACUAUGGAGUGUCGAUGCAAUGA